GGAAGGUGAACAUGUUCAAAGGAUUGAAAUCAAAGUUGGAAGAUGAAGCGAAAAGGUUACAAGCAACAGUAUCACAAUACAGCGAAAAUAUUGCCCAACAAGUACGGUCCAGUGUGAACGACGUUGGAAGUGAUACGGAUAGACAGGCACGACAGUUGUUCAGCAGUGGUUCUGUGAAGAAUUCAUUCUAUACUCCUAAUCUUUCCGGUGAUAAAUCUGGAAAUGAUUUCGAUACAAGACAACUGAAUGAGCAAAAUCCGAAUAGUUCAGCUAUGAUGCAGGAAAUAUCGGAACACGAUUUGUCCCAUGAGUCACGACAACGACACAGUUCAAACGGGUCUUUCGAAAGCGAAAGCUCAUUUAGUAAUUUAUUUUCUGCUAUACCGGGGAUGUUAAGUUCCGGUUAUCGGCUGAACAUAAUAACAUCAGAUGUGGAGAGCGAAAGUGUGGCUACCUCGUCCCAGUUUCAAAGUGCUUCGAAAGAACAGAUUUCGACUGUUCUACAUAAAUUGCAAGGUCGUGCGGCAAGUUAUAAGGAUAAAUAUCGAAGGCUUAUACAAAUGUACAAUGAAUUAAUUCGCGAGAACGAAAAGUAUCGGUCUGUGUUAGCAACCACGCAAGAUAAAGCACUUGACAGAAUUGGUAAAUUACGAGAAAAAAAUCGAGAGCUAACAGAAAAAAUGCAAGAAAUGGAGCUUGAUAGGAAAAAUAAGGAAACCAAAGAAAGCGAAGUGGAAGAAGGAAAAAAGGAAAGAAUUCGACAACUAACGGAAGAAAAUGAGAGACUUAAAAAAGAUAUUGAAACAUUUUAUGACGAACAGGAAACCAGCGAUUUGGCCCUCCGACGAGUUACUGCUGAAUGGAAAGGUCGUGUGGACUGUCUGGAGGAAGAAUGGUCUAAACGUCUUUCUGAUUCCGAAGAAGCCAGUACACUUGCAAUAGCCAAGGUGAAGGCAGAAAUGCAUAGAGCUUUAGAGGAGAAAGACGGUGAACUACAGGUGACUCGGACCAGAUGCAAAGCUCUGGAAUUAAAUGGGAUAGAAGCACAAAAACAAAUUGAUGAGCUGAAGGCAGCUGUAGAUGCACUGGAAAGCGAAAAAGCAGAUAUGGUAGAGAAGUUAUCGGAAGCGAAGCAACAAGGUGUUAAAGCAGUACGAUAUGAAGAAGAGGAAAAAAGACAAGAGUUAAGGAGGGAAAUGGAAAGAAAGCGGGCUGAGGAAAGAGAACGGGACGAGCAACUUUUUCAGGAAAUGAUUGCGAAAAAUGAUGAGCAGUGGGCUUUGAAAUUUAAAGAGCAAGAAGAACAGAUGCAGUUAGCCAUCGAGGAACGGGAAAUGCAAAAAGUGGCAGCUGUAAUGGAACAUGAUCGAAAGAAUGAGAAUUUGGGUAUUCAAGUGGAACAGCUCACUGCGGAAAAGUUACAUUUGAAAUCAGUUUUGGAUGAUAUGAAAGAAAGGUACCGGCAACGAAUGGAAAAAUUAUCUGUUUCUAUUGAAGCCAGCAAAGAAAGACAUCAACAAGAAAUUAAUGAAAUCAGAAGCAAAGAAGAAGUUAUAGCUGUGCUCAAAAAAGACUUGGAAGCGACUAUGAAAUCAAACAAACAGCUUCAAGAUGAACUAGAAGGGUUAAAGAGCAGCAGGCAAAAAGCAAUGGAAGGAGCUGAAAAUCGAAAUGAAAAACUUGUUGACGAAUUAGCAACGGAACGACAAAUAAUAGAUCAUUUAAAGAAAGAACAUGAGAAUGAGAUAGAUAUAAUGCAUAUGGAGGUAUCAACACUGGAAAAGAAUUACGAAAAAAUUUUAAAUGAGAGCAAUACCAAAGAAGAAUUAAUGCAAAGGAACGCUGAAAUGGGAGAAAUAAAACAUGAACUUAUCAAGUUUAGCCAAAGAUUGUCGAAUAAGGAGAGAGAAAUAGAAGAACUUUAUGGAAGUUUGGAACAGAAAACAGCAACUAUUGUGAGUCUGGAAUCGGAGAAAGAGAUUCUGACUGCCGAAUUAGCUUCCACCCAAGAACUCUCAAAAAUCCAUCAGCAUUUACAGCAACAGUUAAAGGCAGCUCAAAUGGAACGUGAUGAAACCGAGAAAAAGUAUUCGGAUAUGGAAGAAAGAGUUCAAAAGGCUGCAGAAGAUCUGGAAGUAGAUCGACGAGUUCUUCAACAAGAAAAGCAGCAAUUAGAAAAGGAAAAGCUAAAUAAUCGUCAGUGGAAUGAAGCAGAAAUAGGCAAAAAUGAAGCAGAGGAGAUGAAAUACAAAAUGCAGCAGGAAGGUGCUCAGAAGGAAGACAGCGAUCUGGACAAGAAGAUUGCAUUAUUGAUUGGUGAAAGUGGACAACUGAAGAAUCAAGUGGAAGAUCAGCAGGCAGAAAUUAAAAAGUUAAAGAAAGAGAAACAGGAAUUGGUUAAGGAAUUGGAACAUCCAAAAAAAAGUAAAGGAUUUCUUUAUUAA